CCCUCUUGUCGCGGGAAGCCGCUCCGGGAGCACUGACGACAGCACCUGACGCCAUGGGGCAGGAAGUGUCGCAGCUGCGCCAAGAAUGCGACUGCUGGGUGUCAUCAGACUUGGACCGGGACCAGGCGGUUCAGGUCCAAACCAUGGCACAGAGGAGAAGAGCAGAUCGGAGCACGGCGCAGGUCGCCGGCAUCUCUGCAGUGGUAAAAGCGGGCUACGACGGCCUGCUGCUUGAUCAAUACGGCGUUCUUCACGAUGGAAAGCGGCUCUUGCCCGACACCUUGGACUGUUUAGCCGAGCUCCGGCAACGGAAGGUGGCGCUGGCCAUCGUCUCCAACUCCCCCUGCGAGGCGCAGAAGGCCCAGAGCCGGGUGGAGGACUUAGGCCUCAGACCCGAGGACUUUGUGUCCUUCGUGACCUCCGGGGACCUGGCGAAGCGACAUCUGCAGCUCCUUAUCUCCGAAGCUGCGCCGGCGCGACUGCGGUGCCUCUUUAUCUCCCACGAGGAUCAUCUACAGCGAGGCACUUGGUCGCCAGAGGAGUUGAGGAUCAUGGGCCUCGAGUUGGUCGCCUCAGCGCAGGACGCCGAUUUCAUCCUCGCCAACGGGGUGCAGGUCUGCAAUAAGGGCACGCUGAGCGAGCAGCGCUCGACCUUCGAGUCGGACGCCAGCUGGGAGGUCUUCGGCAGCGUCUUGCAGCAGGCCGCGGAGCUGCAGCGCCCGCUGAUCAUCGCGAAUCCCGACUGCGUCGUUCAUCGGGCGGAUGGCACGGCCUUCAAUUGCCCCGGCUGCUUUGCCAAGAAGUACACAGCCUUCGGGGGCAGUCGCCUCUUCGUCUUCGGCAAGCCAGGCCGCGAUAUUUUUCGAGAAGCCGCCGCCGCGCUGAAAACUGCGGGGGCCAAGCAUAUCUGUCAUGUCGGCGAUUCUCUUGUCCACGAUGUGGGCGGUGCAGCAGCCGCAGGCUUCGAUUCAGUGCUCGUCAAAGGGGGCAUCCACGCGGCGGAGCUGCAGCAACACUCGAUCUCCGAGUUAUGCGUCCGCAAGGCGGUUCCGAUGCCCAACUUUUCGGUGCCCCGUUUCCGCUGGUAGCGCGCCUCUCGAGUCCGGCUCGCCGCGUGGAAUCGUCGAAUCGCUUCGUCAGGCCGGGUUCGGUCAGACCGGUCAGAUCUCCGGUGCCAUCCACUCAGGCA